GUUUUCCUUUAUAAAUCGUCCUCUAUCUUUCUCUGAAUCAAAGAAAAAGCAAUGGCAUAUCGUCACCAAUCACCUUUCCUGAGACAGUUGAAAGUCAAUGACCCAAAAGAUAUCCCCAACAAUAUGUGUUUGCACACAUACGUUAUCGAUAUACCAGGUGUGAAGGAAGAGGAUGUCAAAAUUCGUGUUAGUGAAGGUCGAUUUCUCAUUAUUGAAGCACACGGCUAUAAAGAGGCUGUGUCAUCCUUGCCAGCUGAGACGGAAAGUUCAAGGAAGAGGUCUCGGGAGACGAUGGAAGAGACUGAGAGGAAGCACCGGAAGAUGCUGGAAGAGAUUGAGAGAAGGGUCCAGGAGCAGAUGAAUCUCCAGGAGGAGUUGGAGGAGUUGGAAGAGCUGGAAGAGUUGAACAGGAUGUCCCAGCAACAGGCAGCACUUUUUGCUAAUAUGGCUGGAUAUCCUUUCUUGCAUCCAGCGAGCUAUCAUUUUUCCUCAGGCUCUGAUCAAGCAUACGGUAUUAACAACACAUACCAUCAUUCUCCGGCUGCUGUACAUGAUGCAGGGAUGAAUUAUACACUUCCACCAUUCGAUUUCAGUGUUCCUUCGAGCAGCUUUCCUCCAGCAGCUCCUAUUCCUUUUGGCCAUGGAGGGUUUGCAGGUUCUGCCAACUUUCAUGGAACCCCUGCAAGCUCAACCACUGGCUAUGAUGAUGCCACAAACUCAGGUGUGUGGAUACUGUUGGCGCAAUGCGGAAAUGUGAUGGGUUUAUGGAAAUGAUUUUGAAAGAGAG